GAGAAACAGGGUCUGACAUUCCAGUGCUCUGUUGCAGACCUUGUGAGCUAUCUGCUUGCACGGCCUCAUCAACACUGAGCUCAUAUCCAGAUCCACUAUGAUACCUGGUUCGCUAGGUCUACUAUGUCUUGGGCAGCCCUCUCUACUUUCCGUUUCACUCAGCCCAUUCCUCACUACAACUCUCAGUCUCACUCCUAGCACCGUUGUGGCAUCCUCUUUGUCUAUGUGGCAUUCACAUCGUGCUUUCCAGUGUGCGAACACUGCCGCUGGCAAAACCACCAGGCGCUCCGAGGGGUUCCUGAAGAGGCUUCCAUUCUAAUUUGUGAAAUUGUUUGAACAUAUAUCUUGUUUUGUAGGGAGUGGGCCCUUCCUUUUAGCAGCCCUCAUGU